CAAGGUCACGAUCUCCGCGACUUUUCUUCCUCUACACUCAUCUUGGCGGUCUCUCGACUCCCUUCCAGCUCCACAAAGAACAAAUUAUAGCUGGCCAUGCCUGCGGCCUAUCCGCUCCCUACCAAUGUCUCGCCAGCGACGGUUGCUAAUACCGCCUCCCUGCUGCGCAUUAUCGCUCUGGCUCUCAUAUCUGGUGCUGCUAUUGCUUCUCGAUUAUUCGCUGUAAUAAACUUUGAGAGUAUUAUACACGAAUUUGACCCGUGGUUCAACUUUCGUGCCACCAAGGUCUUGGCGUCCGAAGGAUUCUAUGCAUUCUACAACUGGUUCGAUGCAAGCGCCUGGUAUCCCCUAGGUCGCGUCGUUGGUGGAACUGUCUAUCCUGGUCUCAUGGCGACGAGCAGCGUCUUCUAUAACAUUUUGCAUGCUCUCAACCUUCCGGUAGAUAUACGAAAUAUCUGCGUGCUGUUGGCCCCAGGUUUCAGUGCUCUGACAGCUUGGGCGACCUACAUGUUCACCAAAGAGAUGAAAGACGCCAGCGCAGGCUUGUUGGCCGCAGCAUUCAUCGGUAUUGUUCCUGGCUACAUCUCUCGUUCUGUUGCAGGGUCAUACGAUAACGAGGCCAUUGCAAUCUUUCUGCUCAUGUUCACAUUUUUCUGCUGGAUCAAAGCUUUGAAACUCGGUAGUGCUCUGUUCGGUACAGUCGCGGCCGUAUUCUACUUCUACAUGGUCGCUGCUUGGGGUGGCUACGUCUUUAUCACCAACAUGAUCCCUCUUCAUGCCCUGGUGCUGAUAUUAAUGGGACGUUUCACUAGCCGACUCUAUGUAGCCUAUUCAUCCUGGUAUGCAAUCGGAACACUUGCGAGCAUGCAAGUUCCUUUUGUUGGCUUUCAGCCUGUGCGGACUAGUGAACAUAUGGUAGCCCUUGGCGUAUUUGGGCUCCUCCAGAUUGUCGCUUUUGCUCAACUAAUCCGGUCAUAUCUAUCCUCCAAACAGUUCCAAAACCUCCUGUUUUAUUCAGUUGUAACAACGGGAAUUUUAGGCACCUUCGUAUUUGUCGGCUUAACCUACAAAGGUUGGAUUGCGCCAUGGACUGGUCGCUUCUACUCCCUCUGGGAUACGGGAUAUGCCAAGAAAUAUAUCCCUAUCAUCGCUUCGGUUUCAGAGCAUCAGCCAACUGCUUGGCCUUCAUUCUUCAUGGAUCUUCAAUUGCUCAUUUUCCUCUUUCCCGCUGGUGUCAUCUUGUGUUUCCGCGAACUUCGCGACGAACAUGUCUUCGUCAUCAUCUACGCUGUGAUGGCCAGUUACUUCGCAGGGGUGAUGGUUCGUUUGAUGCUUACCCUUACGCCUUGUGUAUGUGUGGCUUCCGCGGUGGCCUUCUCCUCGCUGCUAGACACCUACAUCGAUCCUGCUGAGCCAGACGUCCCUCGAAACCCACAGAAUGGUGGUAACACUACUCUUGAAGAUGUCGUCGCUGCCGCUACAGCCAACACCACAAAGCCUGGUGCCCGCUCUGCUCCCAAGGGUAUCUUCGGACUCGACACCCGCAUGAUUAUCAUAUUCAAUGCCUUUGGGAUGCUGGCGUUCUUCGUAUUCCACUGUACCUGGGUGACUUCCAACGCAUACUCGUCACCAUCGGUUGUGCUAGCUUCAAGCAAUCCUGAUGGAAGUCAACACAUCAUUGACGAUUACCGUGAGGCGUAUUACUGGCUCAGACAAAACACGCCGGAAACAGCUGUUGUCAUGAGCUGGUGGGAUUACGGAUACCAAAUCGCUGGUAUGGCGGACCGGCCUACCCUUGUUGACAACAAUACGUGGAAUAACACACAUAUUGCUACUGUUGGUAAAGCUAUGGCAAGUCCAGAGGAAAUAGCAUACCCCAUUUUGCGCAAGCAUGAUGUGGACUAUGUGCUAAUCAUAUUCGGCGGACUCAUCGGUUACUCCGGAGACGAUAUCAACAAGUUCCUUUGGAUGGUUCGCAUAGCACAAGGUGUAUGGCCGGAUGAGAUACAGGAACCGAAUUAUUUUACCCCUCAAGGUGAAUAUAGAAUCGACGAACGGGCUUCCAAUGCCAUGAAGAAUAGUUUGAUGUAUAAAAUGACGUAUCAUCGCUUCGCUGAAUUAUUUGGUGGUUCCGGGCAAGCAGUUGAUCGCGUGCGAAAUCAACAAGUGCCUAAAGUGGGACCUACAUUGGAUUAUUUAGAUGAGGCAUUCACUUCGGAGAACUGGAUUGUCAGAAUUUACCAAGUGAAGAAGGAAGAUGAUCUUGGUCGAGAUCUCAAAAGUGCCAACGCGUUCUCUCAGGGAAAGAAGCGCAAACGUAGUAAACCGGUCUCUAAGAGACGUGCUAUCGUGUAAUGAUAUCCUUAGGAAGAGACCCUGGAUUUUCUAGAUUCCACGUUGAAUAAGAUGUACGCGAUAGGAACGUUACAGGUAAGAGGUAAGAACAUGUCAACGCCCAGAUAUAUGCU